GCAUUAAUGAGUCUGCUGUCUUUGAGUUUUUCAUCUUGUAUUAUUGCAGAAGAGAUUACAGCCCCUGAACAUGUUCCUGUUCAUAUCGACUGUCAGUGUUUCAACCAGCAUCAUUGUUUCAUCAUUGCAUAAGUUGUUUCAGGUUUUUUUGUGUAAAAAUGCAAAACAUUUAGCAGUAGUAGUGCUGAUAAUAUAAAACUUAUAAGACUGCUCUGUGAUAGCUGAUGUUUUUUUCUGUGGUGCUUUCAGGUGUUGUAGUAACUUGUGUCUUCUGAGAAUUGACACUCGGCUGAGGAACAGCAGCCUUUUUAUUUGAUGAAGCGACCAAAUUUGUAUUUUCCUUUUUAACUUUUAAUCUCUAAAGGUAGUUAAAGGUAACUUUAACUUUUGACUGUUCUGAAAAGAUGCAAUCUUGAACGCCCUAAUGUCCAUUUUAUCACACUAGCACGUGAACGCACCACAGAAAUGACUCUCUAGUACACACUUUUAGUUCAGUCUUUCUUCAGCUGUACACAGUGUCAUUGAAAAGGCACCUUCAUAAUGUAAAGACAGUUUUUAUUUUCAUUUUCAGCAUCUUUUAACAGCAUUAAAACAUAUUCCCAUCGUUACUUCCUACAGUUCAGUGCUAUUUGAUUUUUAAAGCAAAGAUUUAACAUUGGUGACUGUUAGUUAUUGAAGAAUUCAUUCUUUAUCGUACAAAAUAAACACAUUAGAUUUAUUGUCCACCACAUUCAUUUCAUAUGUACAGAGUCUUCAUACAGGCAUACUGUUGAGACUUGUUGACUGUUAAGUCACCUGUGCAGGUACAUCUCUGACUACAUGUACACAAGGAAGCUGAAGGAGUUUACAUGCAGCAGGUCAGUCAAUCACAGCAAUAGAAUAACGCUGCCAUCUGCUGGUGAAAGCAGGCUACUACUGAACAGUUUAUCUGCUAUUGGCUGCUCUUUGCUGUCAAGUUAUUCUGAGAGAUACCAGUCGGUACCAAACACCAGCCAAUAGCUCUAAUUCACAACAGACAGACUUACACAUCACUGAUUUGAAGGAUAAUCAUGCUCUCAGUUAUAGAACAACAUUUCCCAUAAUGCUUUAGGGGGAUAUAAACAGGAAGUAAAGCGUUGCCAUGGAUUCAGUGAGUUAGCUGUGAGCUACAACUUGAGCCCCGUUUUUUUUUUAGCCUAUAUUUGUUUACAUGUUGACAAAAUGGCGCCAUUAAAAGUAUCCCGAUUUAGUUAUUAUCAUUUCCUUUUUAUUAUCAGUUUGCAUUGUAGCCAUGAAUCUACAGACAUCACUGGAUUACUUGAUACUGAAGAAAAUUUAUGGGGAGCGACUUUUUUAAAUUUCUAAGCAGAUUUAUGGACAUUUAUUCGCGAUGCACAUCACAUAUGAUGAUAUCGUCGGGGAGUGUAAGUCACGCUGAAUCUAAAAAUAUCAGGCCCUUCGUCUAUGAACAAACAGACAGACACAUUAGUGGAGAUAUUUGGAGGCGUUGAAGGUCAUCGAGAUGAAGUCCUGAGUGCUGAUUUUGAUCUCUUGGGUGAAUAAAUGAUGUCAUGUGUGAUGGACCACUCCCUAAAACUUUGGCGGAUUGAUUCAGAGAGAAUGCAGAAAGCCGUUGGCGGAUCUUACGAGUACAACCCCUCCAAGACCAACAGAUUGCAGGAAGUUUGCUGGCAACUGGACCAUCUUACUGUUAGAACAGAUGGAAAGAAAAUUCAUACUAUCAACCUAAACAGAGACUUUAAAAAGCUGAAACACCACCCUCAAGGUAUACGGCUAAUUUGACUUCUCCACAGGAAAGCGUGUGAUCACCAGGGCGGCGAUGUGGGUCAAUGGUCUGUUGUGUUACAAUAAAAAGUUCCCCAGCUCAAUUAGCUCAGUGAUUAACUUUCCCGCUGGCUGAUUAAAAAUGCUCCUGCCGUCACCCUUUACCGAGGCGCUGUCCUGACUAUUGAAGCUGGUUCACUGGAAGAGUUUGGGGCUCUUGGUAAUGUACUGAAACACCAUCUGUCAGCUAAAACAAGCACACUCACAUUUCUCACAGAAAGUUACACCUUUUCUAGUUUGUUAUUUUAUAUUAUAAUGUAUUCAUUCAUGUAUUUUUCCUGUGAAAAUGUAAAUGAUAAUUGAGUUUAAUAAUAUGUGAUUUAUCUUUAUCAAUAAUGUGACCUCAUGAAGCUUAUUUGGUUGGAGAAACAGUCUUGUUUCCUUAUUAAUUCAAACUAUAGUGAUAUAGUUUGUGUUUUUGAUAGUUUGAGUGUUAGUUUAUUGGAGGGAAUGUCUUCUCACUCGCUGCAACCCAGAGAGGUCAGAGGUCAGGCUAACAUCUAGAUCAGCACAGCUACAGCAAGUAGGAUUCAGUGUAUUUAUAGAUUAUUUAUAUAUUUAUAGAAACUUUAUUGACAUGUUGUUUUGAUCAGAUGAGGUCAGACUGUUUAAAAGAUUGGAUUAAAAUGUUAUUAGUAAAACAUCUUGUAUUGGAUUCACUUUGACGUCAGAUUUCUUGCAGCACAAACAUCGUCUGUAUCACAUUCAUGACCCAAAAAAACAAGCAGCUGCAGCACAUUCAGUGUCCCCUAAAAGACCCAGUUGAGCUUUAGAGCUUGAAAAUAAAGACAUUUUUGGAAAGUGAGGAUAUUUUGUCUGCCCUUCCCUUCUUAAAGGGUCUCUUUAAGAUCUGGUUUAGUGUGAAGGUUAGAAUUGGGUAAGGGUCAGGUUAAGGGUCUGGGGUAGGCAAUGAGUUGGGACAAGGUUAAGAUAAGAAGCUAUAGGGAAUGUUUCAGGUUACUGCGAGUCCUCACAAGUAUGGAAGUACAAGUGUGUAAGUGUGAAUAUGCACCUCUGUGUGUGUUGGGACAACUCAUUAAGUGUGUCGUCCUUCUGUAGAAGAAUAAGGAGAGCAGGACACUAUGCUGCAGUCUGCACUCAGCAUGUCAGUCACACACAGCAGUCAGUAAACCAUUUCCUGUUAUGGGUGAGUGUAUUCAGGUUUGUGUGUGUGUGAGAGAGAGACGCUACUAUGCACUGUCUCCUUAGUGGAAUAAUUGAGUCUAGGACUUGUAUUGACAUAUAUGUGGCACAUAGGAUAUUAACAUGCAAUUGCCAACUGACUUGUGUUAUUUUCUUUUAUAUGUUUGCACUUUAUUUUACACGUUAACAGACCCUCCAUUCAAGUCCAUAUAUUUCUAUUUGGAGUGUAAAAGGCAGGAGAUCAGCUGGGGGUUUAUAAGCUGUGAGCCUGCGCUGCAUUCUUCAGUUGGCAGUUAACGUAUAAUCAGUAAAGCCACGGAGGAUCAGCAGACUCACACUCUUUUUUUCCAUCUGUUCUUUCAGGGUCAUGUGAUUUCUUUUAAGUUGCAGAAGUGAAAGUGAAAGAAGAGCAGAUGGAUAAAAUGGCGUCUGACGCAGGGUGGCAGUAAUGGAACUGAAAGUCUUCAACGGAGCAGAGCAGAUGGAUAAAAACUGACGUCUGACGCAGGAUGGCAGUACUGGAACUGAAAGUCUUCAACGGAGCAGAGCAGAUGGAUAAAAACUGACGUCUGACGCAGGUCAGUGUUACUGGUUUACCUCUCAGACUGACUGAAGUCCACAAGAUGAGUGCUCGUGCGGAGGAAGAGGAGGGCAGAGCAGAGCCUCCAGUAUCCAACGUUCUGUCUAUGAAGAGUGACCAGUACAACGAUCAUCCUCCAACCUUUAGUAAUAAACCUGGACCCUCAAACACAAAACGUCAGACAGACCUCAGACAGAGAUCAGUGUCUCCAGCAUCGGACUGUCUGUCUAUGAAGAGUGACCGGUCCAACAAUCUUCCUCCGACCUUCAGUAAUGAACCUGGACCCUCAUUCACAAGACGUCAGACAGACCACAGACAGAGAGCAGAGUCUCCAGCAUCGGACUGUCUGUCUAUGAAGAGUGACCGGUCCAAUGAUCUUUCGCCGACCUUCAGUAAUGAACCUGGACCCUCAUUCACAAGACGUCAGACAGACCUCAGACAGAGAUCAGUGUCUCCAGCAUCGGACUGUCUGUCUAUGAAGAGUGACCGGUCCAACAAUCUUCCUCCGACCUUCAGUAAUGAACCUGGACCCUCAUUCACAAGACGUCAGACAGACCUCAGACAGAGAGCAGAGUCUCCAGCAUCGGACUGUCUGUCUAUGAAGAGUGACCGGUCCAACAAUCUUCCUCCGACCUUCAGUAAUGAACCUGGACCCUCAUUCACAAGACGUCAGACAGACCUCAGACAGAGAUCAGUGUCUCCAGUAUCCAGCUGUCUGUCUAUGAAGAGUGACCGGUCCAACGAUCUUCCUCCGACCUUCAGUAAUGAACCUGGACCCUCAGACACAAGACGUCAGACAGACCACAGAAAGAGAGCAGAGUCUCCAGCAUCGGACUGUCUGUCUAUGAAGAGUGACUGGUCCAACCAGCUUCCUCCGACCUUCAGUAAUGAACCUGGACCGUCAGACACAAAACGUCAGACAGACCACAGAAAGAGAGCAGAGUCUCCAGCAUCGGACUGUCUGUCUAUGAAGAGUGACUGGUCCAACCAGCUUCCUCCGACCUUCAGUAAUGAACCUGGACCGUCAGACACAAAAGAGAGGAUGAGGAAGAGGAGGAGUGGUGUGUCUGUGGCGGAGCAGCUGUCCUGCUGUUCUUUGUGUCAGGAGGACAUCCUGAAGGAUCCAGUCUCUACCAGCUGUGGACACUGGUUCUGCAGACAGUGCAUCAACUCAUACUGGGACCAGUCUGCUUCAUCAGGAGACUUCUCCUGUCCUCAGUGUGGAAAAAGAUCCAGGACAAGAUCUGGACUGCAGACAGACAGUCAGACCAUCACUGUACAAAUGAAUGUUGCUCUCUGGGAGGUUGAACAUAAGAUCAAUUUGAGGAGGAGAUGUGAACAUGUGACUGAAGGAACUGAUGAAGCAGGAAGUGAAAUCCUCCUCAACAGCAUCUACACUGAGCUCUACAUCACAGAGGGACAGAGUGAAGAGGUGAAUACCCAACAUGAGGUGAGGCAGCUUGAGACAGCUUCCAAGAUGAAGAUCCUCCAUGACACUCCAAUCAGGUGUCACGACAUCUUUAAAGUCUUACCUGACCAACAGAGACACAUCAGAGUCGUUAUGACGAGCGGUGUCGCUGGUGUUGGAAAAACCUUCACAGUAAAGAAGUUCACUCUGGACUGGGCAGAGGGCUUAGAAAACCAAGAUGUCAGUCUGGUGAUUCUGUUUUCAUUCAGGGAGCUGAACUUGAUCAAAGAUGAGCAGUACAGUCUUCUCAUGCUGAUCCAUGUUUUCCAUCCAACAUUACAGAAGGUCACAGCAAAGAAGCUAGCUACCUGUAAAGUUUUGUUCAUCUUUGACGGCCUGGAUGAAAGCAGAUUUUCAUUAGAUUUCAAGAACAGGAAGGUCAUGUCUGAUAUCACACAGAAAUCAUCAGUCAACAUGUUAUUGACAAACCUCUUUGAGGGGAAUCUGCUCCCCUCGGCUCUCGUAUGGAUAACUUCCCGACCUGCAGCAGCCAAUCAGAUCCCUCCUACAUGUGUUAACAGGGUAACAGAAGUACGAGGCUUCACUGAUGCCCAAAAGGAGGAGUACUUCAGGAGGAGAUUCAGUGAUGAAGAUCUGUCCAGCAGAAUCAUCUCACACAUCAAGACAUCCAGGAGCCUCCACAUCAUGUGUCACAUCCCAGUCUUCUGCUGGAUCACUGCUACAGUUCUCGAGCACAUGUUGACUACAGACCAGACAGGAGAGCUGCCCAAGACCCUGACUGACAUGUACUCACACUUUCUGCUGGUUCAGACAAAGAGGAAGAAGCACAAGUAUAAUGAGGGACAUGAGACGAGUCCACAGGAGCUGACGGAGGCUGACAGGGAAGUUCUUCUGAAGCUGGGGAGGCUGGCGUUUGAACAUCUGGAGAAAGGAAAUAUCAUGUUCUACCAAGAGGACCUGGAGCAGUGUGGUCUUGAUGUCACAGAGGCCUCGGUGUACUCGGGAUUUUGUACAGAGAUCCUCAAAACAGAGAGUGUGAUCUUCCAGAAAACAGUCUACAGCUUUGUUCAUCUGAGUGUUCAGGAGUUUCUGGCUGCAGUCUACAUGUACCACUGUUACACCAGCAGCAACACAGAGGUACUGAAGGCCUUCCUGGGAAAAAAAUACAGUCACUCAUCCCUGGAUGUCUUCUUGAUGGAAGCCAUGGAAAAAUCUCUCAGAAGUAAAAAUGGCCACUUGGACCUGUUUGUUCGCUUCCUUCAUGGCCUCUCUCUGGUGUCCAACCGGAGUCUUUUAGGAGGCCUGCUGGGUCAGACAGAGAACAGUCUAGAAAUCAUCCAGAAAGCCAUCAACAACCUGAAGAAGAAGCAGACCAAAAUCUCUCCUGACAGAAGCAUCAACAUCUUCCACUGUCUGACAGAGAUGAACGACCGCUCAGUACAUCAGGAGAUCCAAAAGUUCCUGAAGUCAGAGAACAGAUCAGAGAAGAAACUCUCUGAGAUCCACUGCUCAGCUCUGGCCUACAUGCUGCAAAUGUCAGAGGAGGUUCUAGAUGAGUUUGACCUGAAGAAGUACAACACAUCAGACCAGGGACGACGGAGACUGAUCCCAGUUGUGAGGAACUGCAGAAAGGCUGUGCUUAAGAACUGUGGACUCUCAGAGACUCACUGUGAAGUUGUGGCCUCAGCUCUGCAGUCCAACCCCUCCCAUCUCAGAGAGCUUGACCUGAGUGGAAACUCCAACCUGAAGGACUCAGGAUUGAAGUUUCUAUUUGCUGGACUGGAGAGUCCAAACUGUAGACUGGAGACUCUGAGAUUGAAGUUCUGCAGUUUGUCAGAGAUCAGCUGUGCUUCUCUGGUCUCAGCUCUGAAGUCCAACCCCUCUUAUCUGAGAGAGCUCGAUCUGAGCUACAACUACAAACUGAGGGAUUCAGAAAUGAAGAUGAUGUCUGAACUUAAGGAGAUUCCACACUGUAGACUGGAAACUCUGAGAUUGUGGGACUGCAGUUUGUCAGAGAUCAGCUGUGCUUCUCUGGCCUCAGCUCUGAGGUCUGACCCCUCCCAUCUAACAGAGUUGGAUCUGAGUAACAACAAAAUCCAGGAUUUAGAAAUGAAGAUGCUGUGUGAUUUUCUGGAGAGUCCACACUGUAGACUGGAGACUCUGAGAUUGGAGAACUGCAGUUUGUCAAAGAUCAGCUGUGCUUCUCUGCUCUCAGCUCUGAAGUCCAACCCCUCCCAUCUGAGAGAGCUGAAUCUGAGUGGAAACUACAGUCGGGACCGUUCAGAAAGGAAUCUGCAGUUUGAUUUUCUGGAGAGUCCAGACUGUAGACUGGAGACUCUGAGAUUGAGGACCUGCAUGUUGUCAGAGAUCAGCUGUGCUUCUCUGCUCUCAGCUCUGAAGUCCAACCCCUCCCACCUGAGAGUGCUGGAGCUGAGCUACAACUUCAGUCGGGAUGGUUCAGAAAGGAAUCUGCAGUUUGAUUUUCUGGAGAGUCCAGACUGUAGACUGGAGACUCUGAGAUUGAUUUACUGCAGUUUGUCAGAGAUCAGCUGUGCUUCUCUGCUCUCAGCUCUGAAGUCCAACCCCUCCCAUCUGAGAGAGCUGGAACUGAGUGACAACAAGAGUCUCAACGGUUCAAGAACAAAUCUACUGUGUGAUUUUCUGGAGAGUCCAGACUGUAGACUGGAGACUCUGAGAUUGAGGUACUGCAGGUUGUCAGAGAUCAGCUGUGCUUCUCUGGUCUCAGCUGUGAAGUCCAACCCCUCCCACCUGAAAGAGCUGGAUCUGAGCUACAACUCCUUGAGUUCUUCAGACAAGAAGCUGCUGUCUGAUCUUAAGGAGAGUCCAGACUGUAGACUGAAGACUCUGAUCUUGUAGUGAUGAUCUCUGUCAGAGUGAGUGAACAUCCAGGAGUUCGUGUUGAGAGAGGAUCAGCUGUAUCCUGAUGAUCCAGAGAGGUUGAAGCAGCAGCAGCAGCAGCUUGUGUGUAGAGAGACUCUGACUGGGCCAUGUUACUGGGAGGUAGAGUGGAGAGGAGAGCUUCAUCCAGCAGUGACUGACAGAGGAAUCAGAAGAAGUGGAGAUGAGUCUCAGUGCUGCAGUCUGAACUGAUCUGAGAACAGCUCCACUGUCACACACAAAGUCAAGUCCACCAUCAUCCCUGUGUGUUCCUCUGGAUCUGACAGAGUAUCAUCAGUGUAUCUGGACUGCUCUGCUGCUGCUCUGUCCUUCUACACAGUCUCUGCAGACACACCCAGACUCCUCCACUCAACCACCUCCUCCACCCUCCUCCUGGACCUGAGUCUCAGUCUGGAUUUUGGUCCAUGUGGAUCAUCUCUAGCAGAGGCUUGUUUAGAAAGACUUUCCUGCCUUUGUAUAUAAGUUGUAUAUAUGUUUUAAAUGUAUAUAAGUUUUAAAUGUCUCUUUACUUUCAGACAUGUGACCAUCUGUAUCUGUUGAAACCAGAGUGACACUGCAGAUUAUUGCAGAAUCACUUGACACUAUAACCUUUAAGUACAAGCACAUAUAAAUUGUAAAUUGUACUUAAGUACAGUAGUUGAGUAAAUGUACUCAGUUACUUUCCACCACUGCUGGCUGAACUCCUGUAAGGAUUAAAGGCGCUGCAGUAUUUUUGUGUUGCAGCUCCACCAUGUGUAAUGAUGCAGUAUUGCAGCUACUUUCCAGAUAAUAUUUCUUUACAUCUUUCAGCAAAUAAUGCAGCAAUCAGCCUGCAGGUGAGGUCAAGUGUCAUUCAUAUUAGUGCAAAGUUUCAUUAUAUCUUUGUUUUUUUUGAUGAAUUGUGUAAUAGAUUGUAUUACUGCUGUUAUUAACACACACUUCCUGACAUCCACAGCCUGUCCCACCUGUUUCCAAGUUGUCAGAUAUAAAGACUGAUAUAAUUCAGGCCUGCUGGUGGUAAAUAAAGCUUAUUUGUUCUCCAAUUCUGGAUUUUCAGUGUAUUUCUUUUGACUAUUCAGGUGUUUUGAAUGUCCACCAGCUGCUGGAUGCACCCAGGACUAAACUUUCUCUCCACAGCUUGUUCAAUCUCAGCUCUUGGUGUAAACAUUUGCAUUAUUACAGUAAGUGCAUUAAUGAGUCUGCUGUCUUUGAGUUUUUCAUCUUGUAUUAUUGCAGAAGAGAUUACAGCCCCUGAACAUGUUCCUGUUCAUAUCGACUGUCAGUGUUUCAACCAGCAUCAUUGUUUCAUCAUUGCAUAAGUUGUUUCAG